AGAAUCAUGGCGUCGUACAUGUGAGUUAUAUAGAGAAGUGAAAAUUAUUGUUUAACUUAUAACUAAUCUAUUAUAUAAAGAUGAUGAAGUGUUCGAGGUACCUGUUAUCCUGGAAUUUGUAUUUAAGUAUUAGAAACGUUCAUAUUUAUAUUCCUCAAUCAUAUAAAUUUUUGAAAAACAGCCAUAAUGUUAAUUUCUCUAAAUCUUUCUCAAAAUUAUUAAAUCAAGGACGAAUGUUAUGUAAUUAUACAGAUUUGACGAGGUCACCAAAAGAAGAUCUAACGGAAAAUGAAUGCAUUGAUUAUAGUGAUUUUUCAAGCCUUGCCAUCACCGAGGAUGUUGAAAAACAGAUAAAAUUAAUUCUGAUGGAAUAUGAAAUCUAUAAGCAAAGUGGAGAGAAAAUGCCUUCAACAAUUCAGUUAGAAGAUAUGAAAGAGUUAUUAAAUCACCCUGUAGAACGAGCCAGAAGAAGAUAUUUCCAUUAUCUUUUCAAAAGAGAAAAGGCCAAAUUAGCAGAAAAAAGAAGAAAAGAAAGAAGAAAAUUAGAACGUGAACAAAAUAAAUUAGUAAAGUCAGGACCAAAAAAUACUUUUUUCCUAUUAAUCAGAAAAACAUCAAUGCUGAAAUUUUAUAAUACUAGACAAGCAGAUGCAGUAAUGUUUGGCAGUUCACUUGUUAUUGAUAUGGCAUAUGAUGAAUAUAUGGCUAAAAGAGAAUUAAUUAAUUGUGUUGAUCAGCUUUCAAUGGCAUAUGGAUCAAAUAAAAUUAAUAGAGAACCAUUUAACCUUUAUUUUUGCAAUUUGCACAAAGAUAAUGCAUUAAUUCCUUAUUUAAAUAAUGCCAUACCCCACAUUAAUAAGAAUAAUUGUCUAAUAACUUCGACUGAGAAAAGUUAUUUAGAUAUUUUUCCUAAAGAACGUAUUGUUUAUCUAACACCAAAUUCUCCUAAUGUGCUUCAAAAAUUUGAUCAUGAUUCUGUUUAUGUAAUUGGAGGAUUUGUGGAUAAGGUCAAUGCUAAGCCAUUAUCAUUAGCCAAAGCAAAACGAGAAGGCUUGAAAACAGCCAAGUUACCAUUAGAUCAACAUUUACAUUGGGGAGAAGGAUGCAAAUCACUGACUAUAAAUCAAGUUAUAGAUAUUUUGCUGGAAGUAAAAGCUUCCAACAAUUGGAAUAAAGCAUUUGAAUUUGUUCCCAAUAGAAAAAUACGUAAAAUAGAUCCUGAAGAAAUUCAACAUCAAACAGUAACGAAGAAGAAAAAACAGACUAUUUUUAAUAUGAAAACUAUACUUGCUGAUUAGAUAAUUGUAAUGAAAGUUCAUUUUAAAUAAAUUAUAAAUGUAUAUUUUGAUAUUAAGUUGUUUUGAGUGAUGUAUAGAUUAUAAUUAUAGUCAAGUUCUAGUCCUGACUUAGAUAUACCACGUAAGUGAAAAUAUUGUUUUAAAAAUUGUCAGGUUAUAAUUAGACUAAUGAAAUAAUUAUAAAAUUACAAAUAAGUGAAUUAUUAUAUACAGUAUUAGAAAGUUUAAUAAUUAGUAAAUUUGAAUCAGUUAAAUUUGAUAUGUAGCAAAGUUACCAGAGAUUCAAAUCUACAAUCAUCUAAAUCAGUUUCUUAAUGGGGCCAUGGCCCACUGGGGGUCUAUAAAAAGUUUUCCGGGGGCCGCCA